AUGAAUCUUAACAAGUAUAAAAUAUUUCAGAAGCAGAUUGUGGAAGUGUGUAAUAUGAUGGAAGCUCACCAAGGAGUGAGUGCAGUAUUUGGAGUAGACUCACCCAACACGUUCCCCAUACUCGAGUCGAUAUGCACGAACUUUGAAAUUCCAUUCAUCACCGCGUCAUGGAAACCCACGAUUAUUCGAAAUCCUGAUCAAGCAAGGGCUUUGCUUAAUUUUCAUCCCGAAGCUGAGCUCUAUGCCAAAGGUUUAGCUGAGUUGGUGAAGAGUUUAGAAUGGUCUAGUUUCGUCAUUGUGUAUGAAACUGAAGAAGGCCUUGUGAGAUUGCAAGAAAUAUUGAAAUUACAGGAAUUAGAGAGAGGCAAAAAGAAAAAUGUGAUCAUUGUUAAGCAACUUGGACCGGGUCCAGAUUAUAGAAAGUCUAUAGAUCUAGAUGCACACACUAUUGAUUUCACAGUGCUGGAGACUACUGCUAAUAUUACAACAGUUAGGAUUCAUGAUCCUUCUAGCGACGAUUUCAAAAAUGCCAUUCAUCGAUGGCAGCUAACUGAGUUCGAGAACCGCAAUAUUCGCAUGCAACUGGAUCCAAAGUCUAUAAAGACCGAAACGGUUUUGUUCCAUGACGCGAUUCUUUUACUCAGCGACUCCAUUAGUGAUUUGUCAGUUAAAUAUGGACUGGAUGAAAAGCCUAUUUCUUGCAAGGGAAAUGACACGUCAAUAAAUGGUUUCGCACUCAGGAAUUAUAUGAGAAUAAGAAAACCAUCAUUUACUCUGUCGGGACCAAUUAGCUUCAAUGAAAACGGGGACAGGAUCAAAUUCAAUAUUUAUUUGGUAGAUAUGGUGGACGACACAAUUCUAGCUACCUGGUUUGCCGGGAAUAAAACUUUGCAUGUGUCUAGGAGUUACAACGCAACAGUUGACGCGGCAAUUUUGAAUUUGCAGAAAAUCAAAGUGAUAGUAUCAUCGAGGAGAGCGCAUCUUGCCGUUUGUGACUUGACCAUAACUCCAGAAAGAAGAGAAGUUGUCGAUUUCAGUAUGCCUUUCAUGACACUAGGAAUUAGUAUUCUUUACAAAAAACCAGAUAAGAAAGAUAUUAACAUGUUUGCCUUUUUGGACCCGUUUUCUGGUGAUGUUUGGAUCUACACCGCAACAUUAUUUCUCGUUAUAUCCAUCGUGCUCUAUUUCAUAUCUAGGAUGACUCCAGGUGAUUGGGAGAAUCCGCAUCCAUGCGAAGAUGAUCCUGAGGAGCUGGAAAAUAUCUGGGAUAUAAAAAAUUGUCUGUGGCUCACACUAGGGUCUAUUAUGACACAAGGCUGUGACAUUCUACCAAA